GUACUACAAUCAUUAUGAUUAUUAUUAUAAGACUCAGUUCAUUACUGAUCUGUCAGUAUUCCUAUUUGAUACACAUGCUGUCUUUAUUGUCUCACAUGGUCUGUUUUGUCUUGUCCUGUAGUCCAAGCUAAUUGUUUAGUAUGGUGUUACUGAUGUCUGUACUUCCGAGAUUCACAAACAGCUGGAACCAAAUUCCUUGUGUGUGCCAACAUCAACACACUUGGCUAAUAAACCUCAUCCUGAUUCUGACUGUCAUCUUUGUCUUGUACCACGUGGGCGGCUCCAUAGGAGAACUUCAUAUUGUGUGUAAAACAUUAAACUUGAUUCUGAUUAUCGUUAUUAUUGACGAACUUGUAAGGUGUGUGUUGAGUCUUGUGGAACACUUAACAAGCGCUAGAAGACAAUGUAUAUUUGUAUCUGCUACCAUUUUUACAUCAAAACUAACAGAAAAUGCUAAAAGGCCAAGCCUACUCCGGACAAACGACAGGAAAUACCCGUCUCGUGUUAGGGCUGGUGUGUGCUUUCACUCCUCCCUCCACUGGCACAUGCGAAGAGCUUUCAAAGUCUUUCUAGCGAACAUGGACUUCCUGUGUUUCUCAGCUUAUCAGUUUCUGCUCAUUUCUCUUCCAUUUUUAGUAAAGAUGAUGAUCUCUCACUGCUUCUGCUCGAUGACGAACGCUGAGUAGGAGAAGAUCUCUGGAGCUUCAUCAGUACUUUAUACUGCAGUCUCUUUGUGUUGGUUACAGGCUUCAGAUGAUCUCUAUGACUUCAGGCGAUCUCGGUUUAUUAUUAAAAUCUGAAAACUCUGCAUUUUUAAUCAUCGUAGCUGAACUUCUUUUAUGACCAACAUGAGCUGGAGUUUCCUCACCCGUCUCCUGGAUGAGAUCCACAACCACUCCACCUUCGUGGGGAAAGUGUGGCUGACGAUCCUCAUCGUGUUCCGCAUUGUGCUGACGGCGGUGGGCGGAGAGUCCAUCUACUCUGACGAGCAGUCCAAGUUCACCUGCAACACCAAGCAGCCAGGCUGCGACAACGUCUGCUACGACUCAUUUGCUCCACUUUCGCACGUCCGCUUCUGGGUAUUCCAGAUCAUCAUGAUUUCCACACCGUCCGUCAUGUACCUCGGUUACGCCAUCCACAAGAUCGCCCGUUUCUCUGACAAUGACCAGGAGCAGAAGAAGAAACGGCACCGGAAGAAUCUCAGGAGCAGAUGGAGGGAUGUGGAUCAGAUGGAGGAGUGUGACGAUGGUGGUGACUGUGAUGACAUGGAACCGAUGAUGUACAGAGAGGACCUGGAGCUUCAGGAAACCAAAACAGGGAUGGAGAACAACACAAGAAUAGAUAAAACUAAGCACGAUGGCCGUCGCAGGAUCAUUCAAGAAGGUCUGAUGAAGAUUUACAUCCUCCAGCUCUUAUCACGUGCCAUUUUCGAGGUCUUCUUUCUGGUGGGUCAGUACCUGCUGUAUGGAUUCCGUGUCAUUCCCACAUAUGUGUGUGAUGAAAUUCCCUGUCCUCAUCGAGUCGACUGCUUUGUGUCUCGUCCCACCGAGAAAACCAUCUUCCUGCUGAUCAUGUAUGUGGUAAGCUGCCUCUGUUUGCUGCUCAACCUCUGCGAGAUGUUCCAUCUUGGAAUUGGCGCUUUCCGGGACAUGCUCAGAAGACGACGGAUCCGUGACCAGGGUCUUCACUCCUGUGCUUUUCCAUAUGCACGUAAUAUUCCGGCCUCACCUCCGGGAUACAACUUUGUUGUCAAAUCCGAGAACACGGGCAACCAGAACCAAAAUGGUGUCCUCUCUCAUCAACAGAAUCAGAACAGCACCCUUCCUCAGCAACCGAACCACAGCAGCGUUGCCUCACACAACCAGAACCAGGACCAGGAUCAGAACUGUGCCAGUCUGGAUAAAAACAUCCCACCCGACCUGGCAAGUUUACACCAUCAUCUGCGUGUGGCACAGGAGCAGCUGGACAUGGCCUUUAGGACCUACAGCACCAAAAGCUCUCCCAUGUCCAGAACCAGCAGUCCAGCGUCAGAGCAGAACCGUGUCAACUUAGAACAGGAGAGACAGGGAGCGAGGCCCAAAGCUGAUCUGGGGAGAAGUGGGACUAUAGUGAGGAAUGGGAAAACUUCUGUGUGGAUUUAGAUUCCAAUUCUGACCAUAAACUCAUAUUAAACAUUAUUAUUAUUAUUAUUAUUAUUAUUAUUAUUAUUAUUAUUAUUAUUAUUAUUAUUAUUACUUGACUGAAAUGCUUCGUACAGAAGCUAAGACAAAAAAUCAACAAAAGAGUAAAUCAUAAUGAAACAGUGUCGUUUCUCGCGCUAUAAACAAGAUUACAAAAGAAUCCCAUUUUAAACAUUGGAAAUAAAAUGUACACAAAACAUCAAGGGAGGUUUAUUAAUAAUCAGCUCCAGAAUCACUGAACAUACUUCUGCAUAUAAGAAUUAAACAUCAGGUUGUUCUUUAAGUGUGAUCAGAUUUUGUGUGAUUGGCUGAACAAGCCCAUCCCACUGACACGCCCACUUUGGGUUUAUAUGCUUUAUUACAUGUCGAAGCACAAAUCAGUGUAGUGCAGAUUAUAAACAUGUGAUUCCUAACAUUACAAAUUAUAUUUUACAUAUCUAGAAUAUCUUUAAUAAUUUUAGAAUAACAUUGCUGAAACUGAAAUGUGUGUGUAAAUAAUAAUAAUAAUAAUAAUAAUAAUAAUAAUAAUUGUAUUUUCUAAAUGUCAAUGUUGUGAAUUAAUGAUACUUUAUGUUGUUCUGACUGACUGUUUUUUGCAUGUUUAACAUUCAUCACUUUACAUAUUCAGGAUCCGCAGAAUGAACGUAGAGCGUAUGUUAUACUGUAUAUAUACGAGCGAGUUAAACCACACAAUGCUGAUCUAAAUGUAAGCCAACGAUCUUGUAAAAUGUUGGUAUCGUGAUGUAUCGUAAAAAUGAUUAUCAGUACAUGACUAUUGUAUAGGUUUGUUUUCAUGAUGUUCAGUUUAACUCUCCGGAAGAGACGCAGAUAAAUUAACUAGCUGUGUUGUGUGUGUACAUAUCUUGGAUUUAUUUAUUUUUUUAGUUGAAACUUGCACUAAGUUAAGGAAUAAAACAGUGUUCAUCUAACAGUGUAUAUAAAUCUUUAGGUUGUGAUGUUAAGCGCAUACUUUACUCAGAAGCUUUUUUGUUUUUUUGUUGUUCGUGAGCUAGCAAAGUUAGCAAAGUGGCAUCACAAACCUAAUUUAGCAUCAGCGGUUUCACCACUUUAUGCUAAUCCGCUAGCAUUGUUAGCCAGCAGUAUUGAGUUUUUAUACAGCUGGCAUGUCAUUUUAUUUAACAUAUGUUUCGGAAAUCUUAUUUAAUAGCUAGCAAACACGAGGUACCUAGCUUUAGCUGUUCAUUGUUUACUUCAUUUAGAAAGAAGAGACAGAGUUUUAAUAGAAAGAUUUUUUCCUAUUCUGUGCAAAUAGUUGAUUAAAAUAGCAUCUAUGCAAUGUGUUCUACUGACAUGAGUGAAAAUCAUUACAGUAAACGAAUUAAUGACUUCGAGGUGAUGCAAAAAAAAUGCACAUUCUUUAGCUAAUUGUAAAAGAACAUGAAUCUUAUCCUGAGAUGUGCCUUAUGACUGUGACUGUGAUAUAGAAUUUAAAACAAAUAAUAAAUGUAGAAUUGCUGUA